AUGAAGCUAACAUUCCUAUGGGACAGAGAGACAAUACACAAACAGUUAAGAGCAGUGUGGUCUCUUAGUCCGCAGCUGCGAAGAGGACACUCCGCAGACUCAGUGCCCACCAGCGGCCUCCCCUGUGUCCCUGUGACCACUGCGGCAAAGGUGGACACAGGAGUGCAAGUCACAUCUGAUGAAGUAUGUCACAUUUUUUAUGGCAUAAAAGUUCAUAAAUGCUCCACAUCAGAAGAAAUCAAGAAAAGAAAGAAGACCGUCAUUUUUUGUCUUAGUGCAGACAAAAAGUGCCUCAUUGUAGAAGAGGGCAAAGAGAUCUCAGCUGGAGAUAUUGGUGUAACCAUAACUGGUCCUUUCAAGCACUUUGUGGGAAUGCUUCCUGAAAAAGAUUGCUGCUAUGCUUUAUAUGAUGCAAGCUUUGAAACGAAGAAAUCCAGAAAAGUAUUGUUUGUUUGUUUGUUUUUGUGGGCACCAGAACUACCACCUCUGAAAAGUAAAAUGAUCUACACAAGCUCUAAGGAUGUAAUCAAAAAGAAAUUUCAAGCAAAUGGACCAGAAGAUCUCAACUGGGCUUGUAUUGCUGAAAAGUUAAAUGGGUACUUAAUUGCAGCUUUUGAAGGAUGCUCUGUGUAGGCCAUCACUCAGUGCCACAAAUGGAAAGCUUCC